CUGUGGUAUCACUCAUCUUGGCUGAGGUUUUGAAACCUCUGCAUUAGCAAUCCCAAGAAAAUGAUGAGGCUUUGUAUAUUAAUUACAAUAGCUUACUUUGCUCACUCUGCAGACAGCACUGGGUCAGAGCUUUCGGUGAUGCAAUACCCUGAAGAUGCCAGCGUGCUCCUUAACUCCACGGUGUGGAUGCUGUGUGUAUUUGAGUACCCCAGCGAGGAGAACGAGGAGCCAGUCGUGUACUGGAGGAAAGGCCCCAACUGCCGCAACCAGCAGAGCCUCCAGUCGAGCCAUGACGCAGGCAGGCCACAGGUACAAAUUAUAAAGAACACUCUCAGGGGAUUCUCCAUCUUAAAACUGAGCAACGUCGACCAGAACGCCAGUAACUCCUAUUUCUGCGACGUGACGCUAACGCAGAAAAUCCAGGGCAAACGUGGAAACGGCACCAAGCUGACCGUGCAUGAUUUAAAAUGCAAAGACUGUAUAAGAUCUGAUAAGACCUGGUGGGGUUGGUUCCUUCUUCUUGGAUACACCAUCUUUGUCACCACAGUUAUCAUAGCUUUCGGUAUUCACCAGUGCUGUAAAAAAUGCAAGAAUGAAUCAAGAAACACAGAUAGCAGCGCUACUCUGCCAAGUGAAUGGAUUUAUGACCAGCCAUCCAGACCAGUUAAUAAUGGGUUUAAUCAAGAAUAUGAAGAUAUGUCACUAGUAAGAACUCUCAGUGACAUUGGAAGGAAAAUGAUAUAAAAAAACAAGGUGCGUGCAGUUGUAACUGAGACAUGAGCAUGUGUGAUGUGCUACUUCUAUCAAGACAGAAAAGGAACAUACACAUAGAUCACUUCAUUAACUUUUGUUCAAGGUUUUUUUAUCUGUUAAUGUAUUUAUUUCAAACUAAAGAAGUUACCACU